UCCCCUUGGUACCACCUCCUACCCACCUCCGAUCAGCACCGUCCCUUGGUCCACACCCUACCCACCUCCGAGCACCGUCCCUUGCACCGUCCCUUGGUCCCUCCUCUCCUACCCACCUCCCGAGCACCGUCCCUUGGUACCACACCCUACCCACCUCCGAGCACCGCCCAUUGGUUCCUCUCCUACCCCACCUCCGAGCACCGUCACCCUUGGUACCACCUCCUACCCACCUCCGAGCACUGUCCCUUGGUUCCACGCCCUAAAUACCCACCUCCGAGCACCGUCCCUUGGUUCCUCUCCUACCCACCUCCGAGCACCGCCACCCUUGGUUCCUCUCCUACCCACCGAGCUCCGAGCACCGCCCCUUGGUUCCUCUCCUACCCACCUCCGCGAGCACCGCCCCUUGGUUCCUCUCCUAACCCACCUCCGAGCACCCGCCCCUUGGUACCACCCUCCUACCCACCUCCCGAGCACCGCCCCUUGGUUCCUCUCCUACCCACCUACAAGAUAUCCCCCCUAGCAACAAUGCCCCCCCCCCGC